CAAGGGGGCGGGAUUGGAUAAAAAAUAACGGGGAACACAAAGAGUUUAGGGGCGUUGGUGGUUUUGUUAUGAAUUUCGUCGAGGAAGUCAAAAGUAGAUUAUUUUAAAGAUUAUCGAAGGUUUCAGAGAUCUUAAUAACAUCCAACAGUUAUGGCAGGUAAAACGAAUAUCAUUGCAUUGCAUGAUGAAGAGGCCGUGCCCGGUGCAGAGGGUCCCCUUGUCACAGUGACUUUUCAGAGAACUCCUCACAAAAAACAGAAGUACCUGGAGUCUCAACCCAAAGCAUUGGGGGUGGCUCAGAUUGCUCUCAGUGUAUUCUAUAUAAGUUCUGUCAUUGUCAUGUUCACCAACAGCAUGAGCAUGUUGGUUGAAGAUUUAACACAUGUCAUUGGAUCAGUGUUUGUGAUCAUAGCUGGUAGUUUGGCCAUAGCUGCACAGAAUCUCCAUCUUCCCACUCUGAAGGCCUGUCUGGGGAUGCAGGUAGUGGCCUGUGUAGCAUCAGUGAUCAACUUGAUCGUCUCUGUGUCAGACAUGGCUGGACACAGACAUGGUUAUAGCUGCUGGAUAUAUGUUGAAAUCAACAGCACUGAUCACAAGGAUUCUUGCUAUUCAAUCACUGAUUCUACUGCACAUUACUUUGCUGAGUUGGUCCUGAUACAUACUGCUCUCAUCGCUAUCUCUGUCACGCUGGCUGCCUACUGCUGCAAGGUGGUCAACUGCUGCUCCCCGGGACAACGAAUGUGUGUGAGUUCUCUCUUCUAGCCGGUGAUCACACUCCAAGUCCCUCCUACUCAGCAAUGAGGAAAGAUUCUGUGUGAGGACCAAUCAAGACAAGAGAUCCAACCCUACUAACCAACCAGCAAAAACAUGUGUUAUUCUUCAAUCAACAAAAAAUAUUAUAGGCCUAUAUGUCUACACAUACAAUGAGUGCACAAAACAUUAAGAACACUGUGCUUCCCACAGUUGUGUAAAGUUGGCUGGAUGUCCUUUAGAUGGUGGACCAUUCUUGAUACACACAGGAAACAAUUUAGUGUGAAAAACCCAGCAGCGCAGCAGUUCUUGAGACAAACCGGUGCCCAUUCACUCUCUGAAAGGUACACAUACACAAUACAUGUCUCAAUUGUCUCAAGGCUUAAAAAUCCUUCUUGAACCUGAAUUAUCACCAGUGAUUGAAAUAGAUAGAUAGGUUAACAAAUGAUAUCAAUAAGGGAUCAUUGCUUUCACCUGGAUUAACCUGGUCAACUUAUGUCAUGGAAUGAACAGGUGUUCAUAAUGUUUUGUGCACUCAGUGUAAGUCACGCUUGAUGGAUUUCUUUAUGCAACGGUUUGACAUGAUGUAGCCUAAUGUGAGUUACAUGUUAUUAGGGGUCCUAGCAGGUGCAGGAACCCUAUUGUUCUGUUCGUGUUCUUGUUGUAUUUCCUGGGUCUUCCUCCUUUUGGUCAAUAUUUCCACAAGCGAUUGUUAAAAAGUUGAUCAAUGGAGGGUUUAUAAAUGGCUUACAAUUCACCAAUAAAGUAUACCCAUUGGUUUACAACCGA